AAGUGUAUUAAAAGAAGUUUGUUAAAGGUUAUUGGCGAGGACACGUUGCUAGAAAUAUGUGGACGCUGGGAAACGCCCAUGCUCAGUAUAGUAUCGUGCACCGUGAACACACCAACUCUGCAACCAUACAUUUUUCGUACUUACGGACAUCCCAGCGGAAGUGAAAGCCACUACCGUGGAGGGUGCAAUCAUAAAGUUUGGGAGGCUUUGCAAGCUUCUGCUGCUGCUCCAGGCUAUUUUCAAGAAGUUUCACUCGGGCCACUAUUGUAUCAAGAUGGCGGUGUACUUACUAAUAAUCCUACAGCUUUAGCGGUUCAUGAGGCACGCAUGCUUUGGCCACGUGAACGAAUACAAUGCGUUGUUUCUGUCGGUAAUGGAAAAACCGUCUCAGAAGUCGAGCUGAAUGGCGUAAAGCUGUCUACACGUCUUCAAGAAAAAAUCCUGCGGAUUAUUGAUUCUGCGACGGACACUGAACUUGUCGACCUAUGCAUGCGUGAUACUUUGUCGAAGGGAUCUUAUAUACGUUUUAAUCCCUGCACCAGCUACCCCUAUUCUUUGGAUGAAACCGACCCGAAAAAGUUGGAACAGAUGAGUCAGGAUGCACAACUGUAUAUUUCACGAAACCAGACCAAGUUUGAGGCUACAGCAAAGGUUCUCCUGGCUAAACCAUCAUUGAAACAGCGCUUUAUUCGGAAUUGGAACAAUUUGAUAAUCCAGUGA